AUGGUGUUGAUACAGGAGAAAUCAGGUGACGGUUCAAAGGUUAAAGAGAAUGGGGUGGCCGGAGGAGUGGGUGACGAUGAAAUUAGAGCAAACCAAGUGGUCAUGUCUACACCUAUCAUGUCCAUCUCCGAGGCUGAUGAUGACGGGGAUGAAGACCAGGGGUCAGAGGGGUACAAUGACGACAGCGAGAAUGAAAACGUGGAACUCGAGUAUAUGCAAAACUACUGGGAAGAUGAGGAUGAUAUCUACCAGGAGUUUGAGGAGCUGGACUUCGAGGCGCUGCCAGAUCACUCGGACACACGGAGCAUUGCCUCGGAGGACUCUUUCUACCCACCAGACCGUUUGAUUACGUCCCACUUGUACCGGUCACCGAGCCCUGAGAGCCCCGAGCCAAUCUCCUUCUUCAAGGCCUGCUGCAACAACAACGCCAUCAUCGUCAAGAUCAUGAUCAGACAAGGAGUGACAGAAGAGGAAGUGAGGGAGACAGAUAAGAACAGAAGAUCUGGCCUGAUUGUUGCGUGCUACCAGGGUUAUGUGGAUGUGGUCAUCGCCCUCUCCCAGUGCCCAUAUAUUGAUGUCAACUGGCAGGACAAUGAGGGCAACACGGCUCUCAUUACCGCUGCUCAAGCAGGUCAUAUCAUGAUCUCCAACUACCUGCUGAACUACUUCCCAGGGCUGGACAUAGAGAGGAGGAACUGUCACGGUUUCACAGCCUUGAUGAAGGCUGCCAUGCAGGGCCGUGCCGAGUGUGUCAGGGCACUCAUGAUGACUGGGGGGGAUGUGGAAGCGCGGGACUAUGGGCGUAAGAUGACUCCGAGGGAGUGGGCUCUCUUCACGGGUCGCUAUGAGACAGCAUACAUGAUGGAUCGGCUGAUGGCCCAACCCUGUGCCGAGCAGUUCUGUGACUCCUUCCGGCUGGAGUGGCCCAUGUUGGAGGAGCUGGUCGCUCAGGCCCAAGAGCAAAAGUCCUGCUGGAAGCGUUUCAUCAACCUCUUCAUCUGCUGCCCUUAUAAGUUUUACUUCAACAGCAAGGUCAACCCUGUGGAUGAUGGAGUUCUUGACUACAUGGUCCGGAUCACCACCAGCCUCUCCAGUCCGCUCAUCGCCACAGCUUGCCACACGGUGAGCCCCGGCAGCCCGCCGUGCAUUGGGAAGCGUCGCCUCGCAGUGCAGGAGAUCCUGAGGAGACAGCGGCUGGCUGAGCUGAAGCGCCUCGGUCCCGACAGGCUGAACAACUACAAGAGUUUUUUCCAGAACUCACGAGUCCUCCUCAUCCCCAAGAGGAGGGACCGGCGGGCCAGCCUUCAGCCUCAGCUGCUGACUGAAGUGGCAGCGGUGUCCACGGUGGCCAUGAGACGAGCCAGCCUGCUGCCACUGAACAUGAUGAGGAGAAGCAGUGUGCGGCCGGGCAUCGUGGUGCCCAAGGUCAGGCUCUGCAAGGCCCCAGUACCGAGCUUCAUACCAGACAUCAACAGGAGGAACAAAAACCGCAACCAACUCCAGAUCCCAAAGUGGGAUUACAAGAUGAAGAAGGAGUCAUCGAAGUGGGAGGCAGAAAGGCAAAAGAAGCUGCCUUUGAAAAAAAGGAGAUGAGAGCAAGGGGAACAUAGCAGUGCCAUGCUCACAUCAUAUUGGACUAAGAACAAGAUGGCAUGCUGUUGCUUCAUCUUGGAAGUGUGUUUUGUAGGGACACUCACAUCCAAACUGACAAUUAUAAUAGGCAGUACUUUACAGUACUUU